CGGGGCCUGAGAAAUUGUCGGCGUAUCGUGGAGCAACCGAGUCGUUCGCGCAUGGGGAGGAACAUAAUUUAAGGCGAACGGGGAAUGCUCUUCAAGAAAAUGAUUGAGUGACUUUGUUUCUCAAGCUACUUACCAACCUCGUUACCCAGUUAUCAUUAAUCUCGGUCGGUCGCGGUCCUCUAAGUAGUUCGAUCUUCAGCGGUACACGGCUAUCUCCAUGGCUGGCAUUUGGAAACGUCUCUGCGAGACAGGUUCUUCAACAAGCGCGCGAGUGUGAACGACGUUUCGGGAAGAAAGGGAGUAAUAUGGCUGAAACUACUAAGUAAGUACUUACUUAAUAGUAUGAAAGAAAAGAUGAAGAGCCUGAACUGAGACGGAUGCUGUAAGACCUAAUGUUGAUCGUGGGCUAUUAUAAUACCCUAGACAUUUCUAUUUCUUAUGCAUUCAUGUUGAUCCGCAGUAAAGGAGGCAAAGGCGUGGGAAAGACGGGGAGCACAGGAGCGCGGUUGCACACAGAAUUGCUCUUCCGAGACUUUCUAAGAUUUAGCGCUUUCUGCCUCUGGGGCAAGAAACUGUUUUUGCGCGAUGGACCUAUGUUAUGGCAGGAUCGAUUGUUGUACACUGAUCUAAAAAACAAAUUGAAAUUUAACCGAUCUACAUUUGAGUUCGCAGUUGGUGCAACACCUCGCUUCUCUUUUUUGUGCAUUCUUAUGGCCCAACAUCUAAGUAUUUAUUCUGCAGCAAGUUCUCGGCAUUGCUUAGUAUAAUCAUGGAGCAAGCGAGUCGCUCUGUGUGAAGGCAUGGCAUAUAAUGAUAUGCGCAGACUAGUCGACUGUCUACCUCAGCGUCUACCUCAGCAGACCUUUUGUUUUUGAAUUUUAGGUCUUUCGUGAUCCGAUGAUACUAGUACUAAGCAACUUCUAGUUCUUUCUCUACCCUGCCCUUGUUUCCCUUUCUUACAUUUCACAUUUUUUCACCCUCUGGUCUGAGAGGGGAACACAUACAUUCUACAUUCUUUCAUGCUCCGGUCUCACGUCAGAACACAAGGUCAAAUGGCGCUAUGAUCGCGCUGCUUUUCGGAAAUGGCAGCUAGGCCGGACAGGAUUCCCAUUCGUUGAUGCGGGGAUGCGGGAACUGCUCAAAACCGGGUAUCUCUCGCAUCUACACCGACAAUGCUGUGCCGCGUUCCUUGUUUUAUGACUGCUAUAGAAAGGCAGACUAUGCCUGUGAGAAGAGAAGAGAGGCUACAUCCUAAAGAAGGAGACUAGGUACAUUCUUCCUAUAAUGAUCCGUGAUCUACAAAUCGAUUGGCGCUGGGGCGCGGAACACUUUGAAGCUACCCUGGUGGACUACACGCCUGAUGCAAUUAUGGUUUAUUCUCAUUCCUCGAUGGAUUAGAAUUACCAUUUUCAAAAUUGACCUUCGUAAGAGUCUAAGUUUUUCCUGUCGAUUAUCUUUUGCUCCUGCAGUGAUUUUACUUGAAACAAAAGGGUCACUGAGGAGUAUAGGUUAGCCUAUGUUUCUAGGCUACUUUGGGAUUUCGAAAUGAGAAACUCAAACUUCUAACUUAAACUGGGGAAAUUGGGCUUAUCGUAUCUUACCUAGACCUUGCCUUGCUGUCUCUCGGGAAAAGUGGAUUCUUGCUGAACAGACAAAGCAGAAGGUGCAGGUUUCGCGCUCUGGUGGUGCUGCGAAUAACAAAACAGAAACUGAAACUCAGACCUCUUCUAGUAAUCAAAAUGUUGCCUCAAGAGACAACCAGAAGGUUAAGCGUGGAUCCUCUAGUAAUAUGAAUAUAUUAAAUGCUCCAGCAAAAGGACCAAGACCAGGUGGGCAGAAAGAGGAGGCUGCAGUAGAAGACAGAAGUGGACGCGGAGAAGCUACUUCGUCCCAGCACUACAGCGAGAAUCUUUUAACACCUAUAGCACAAGUAGGACGACCGCCAUCCCCCGUGCCACACCUCAGCACGAUGGAGUGUGUCGUUUGGCCUGUGGUGCAUGAUUCUCGGAUGGAACACACGUUAUUUUGGGUGCCCGAACUCCAGCCAAUCUUAAGGCUUCCCGAUAUUCUUUUUAUUUCUACGUGCCCCCUCGACUUCGCGUACAAGAAGAGGUUAGUGGUUUAAAUUAAUCGAAUCGUUUUUUACGACGCAUCCUACUUUGACGUGCUGUUGGUGUUUCCAGGAGGACACACUUCUCUCAACAACUUCCUCCACUUGAUUGUCGUUGAAAUGCAAAGGCUAAUAAAAGCCAAGUACAAACACCUCAAGAAUAGGUACAAUCAUCAUCAUCAUCAUCAUCAUCAUCAUGUCAUAAGAUCAAGCACACCUGAAAGAGGGGACUUUUAAAUUUCAGGUGGGAAAGGGAGUAUCGAUAUUUUUAAGGUCUAAGAAUAUUUGACUCUCUGGGACCUGACUUCGCACGGGAGCCGUGGAGAGCGUUGGAUCUAGAAAGUGGUGAUCUCCCGUCGUCGAUGGGUUCGUCUUCUAUUGGCGAAAAACGUCGAGGUAAACACCAGGGCCAGAAAGAUCCCGGUGGUGAAGUGAUAUCCAUUCGGCCUUAUAAUUAAGGUACUAGAUACGAAUACUUAUAAAUAUUUGAUCGAGACGAGUCUUUUUCUGGUUUCUGUCUUUCCUAGUUAGGUGCCCCACCACUACUGUCCCAGGAUGUGGACGACUAUACUGAGUCGCGAAAUCACCCCUGAUCUGAGGGGGGAAAUAAAAGGGGAAGAGGGCAACAUACUCGACCAGGGAUAGUGUGGUAGUACGUGUAAGAAGAUCCCCAGAGCAGCUGUCCUUUAUUGAUUUGAUAUUCGUCCUAGCGGAGGACGUUGAGCAAGAAAGAAGGGAACUUAAGCAGCAGCGCUCUAAUAUAAAGAUUCCCCGCUCUGGUUUUGCGCAGCAAAUCGAACCAAUUGGGAUUACGAAUAUUAUUGGCUGCGCCCUGGGAAAGCGGUUGUGUGGCAAACAGAUGAUACAGGACCAACAUCAAGAAGUUCUUGCUCUUUCAAAGACAGCACCACAGCGACAACUAGUAUUGCAGCCGCGGGCAUGAAAAUGGAGAAGCCGACUCCAUUUUCUGAGAGAAGGUAUUGGCCGCCGAUGGUAACGCCAGUGAAUUUGAUACUCGAUUUGAAACAACUACCGAUUCAAAACUUCGUAUGGAAGGAAACUGUCUGAUGGACGUGAUGUGAUGUGUAGUCUGAAGGAUGUGACUCAAAACUUCGCAUGGAAGGAUGAGAUGUGUAGACGGGAAGCGCCUUUUAACGAAGUUCCAAGAAUGAACUCAAACGAUGUCGCAAUAGUUGCAUUACCCGACG